UUAAUUUACAGCUGCAAUAUAUAUGGGUCCAUCAAUCAGAGAUUCAAUUCAAAUAUUGCUAAGAGUUCGCCCUCCUGAUCCAAGUGAAAAAGACUUUGCACCACGAGUUCUGGAUGUUAACACUGCAGACAAUGCCAUUAUUCUUCACACAAAGCCAGAGCCCACAAUUUUCACCUAUGACAAUGUAGCAGAUGCUGACACCACACAGAAUCAUGAAUCUCAGCUGACAGCCAAAGAAGAAGAACUGCAAAGAGUGAACAUGACUCGUCAGAAAUUUGAAAAAGACAACAAAGUUUUACAAGCUAUGUUGAAGCACACAGAAGUUUGUGAGCAGAAAGCUCCUGAAGUGCCAAAUUUUCAAGUUAUUAAGAAAAUUGAAUUAGCCUAUAGCCACAAGAUGGAAGAGUUUGAGAGGUCAAUCUUUGGCAAAGAUAAAAAGUAGCUGAGUUAUUAUUUGAAGUAGCAAAAUUAAAAGAGGAACUUCACCUUGCCAGGGAAACACAUGCAUCUGUUUUAAAAGACAGGAAUUGCAAUAAAAUGGGUGCUGAAUUUCAGAGUGCUGUGCCUAUGCAAGGAGGUGCUAUUGGUGAGCCUGGAGAGAGAAAGUCAUCUUCAGAAAAAAAUGGCUCGGUUAGAGGAAGAGCUCUAAUAAAAGAAACAAAAAUGCCAGAAAUAAAUGAACAAUCUUGGAGAAGUAAAAAAAAGUGAAUGAACUAAUAACAUCCUUUUAAAGAGUCACUGUUUUGGUAAAAGCAGUAUAAAGUUUGUUUUUUUAUACCAAUCAAUGGUUAUAAUUCAAUUGAAAGCCACUUCAUUCUUCUUAAAAAAUCCAGUACAAGAGAUACAGUACUUGUAAGCAUGUCAACGAUUGGUUGAAUCCUACCAGUAUUUAAAUAAACAUAUAUUUUAGUUUGAUGCCCAAGAUUGGCAUUGACUCUAGACAAAUAAUUGUGUUUCUACACAGUUUGACUGUAAAAGAAAUAUGUCGAGAUAUUUUUGUUAAGAUUUUUCUUAAGUUCAAGCUACUACACUCUUUUAGUCAAUAAGUUCUACAAUGGAAUUUUAAAAGAUGUUUAUGGAAAUUGUCUUUCAUUUCACUAGCCAUUUGUUUCUCAUAAAAAUUGUGGAAUUGAAAAUGUCUGUUACAUGUGCCUCUAUAUCUAAUAUUUAUGAAUAUAUAUAUAUAUAUAUAUAGAAUAUCCUCUGCUUAAAAGUAUGCUUUAUUGGAAUAUGUUUGAUGUCAAUACUUGUAAUAAAAUGAACAAGAGGUGUUUCACUCUAGUAGUUUAAAUUUUCAUAAGUUAUGAACUAGAGGCCUUAAAUAAAAUUGACUACUUUUGGAUAAAUUUGUCAUCUCUGUUGAUGUACAAAUAAUGUAACUAGGCCUCAAGGUUUCCUAAAUUGAGCAAAGAGAAAGAGCAUCCACAUUUAUCUUUUUCUAGAAAGAACAAAAAUAAAGCUCAAAUAUUUCUCCUAUUUUGACACAAUUUAAGAAAAAUAAUAUGACCAUUUUGUAGGAGCUCGCAAGGUUGAAUUUAUAGGUAGGCUAUUUAGGCAUGGUUGUAUUUUACACAGCUACAACUGUAUUAAUACAUAAAUAAGCCGUCCUAUUGUAAAUAUGUACUGUACAUAAAGAAUUAGUAGAAAUAGCUAUUUGAUCUCAUGUAUUGUCUUGAAUCCUUUUUUUUUUUUUUUGUUGGUGUUUUGAUUUUUCUGAAUAACUUAUAUGUUAAACUACUUGUAUAAUAUGUUUGUAAAUAUUCAUAUCAGAUAAUUUCUAUUGCUGUUUAUUAUGACAGUCUUAAUUUUAAGGAAGUUGGAAGUUUUUUUUAUUAUCAACACAGACCAUGAGCUCUAUUAUAACUGUCUGUCUGGUCUUUCAGUUUUUCUUUUGGGUCAUCUUUGUUUCAUUGUGGCAGUCUGUAUUUAUAUUUAGUGUAUUCUUGCCAUUUUAUGCCCAUAAUUGAACCCAGACUCCUUUGGUUCAAUCCUUCUAACACCCUUAAAUGCUUUGCAUUUAGCUGCCAAAUCUGAGAGCCAUAAUGAAGUGCUUCGGGGCCACUGCCUGGUAGAUAUGUAACUAUUUAUCUAUCACGUAAUUGCAGAAGUUUGGGCCCUUUGAGUCCACCCAACUCUAAUGGGUACCUGGCAUUAGUUGAGGAAAAGUAAAGGCGGUUGGUCAUUGUGCUGGCUACAUGAUACCCUCGUUAACUGUAGGCCACAGAAUCAGAUGACCUUUACAUCAUCUGCCCUAUAGACCACAAGGUCUGAAAGGGGAACUUAACUUACUUACUUAAUUGCAGAAGUGUCGAACAUACAAACAUU